UUUCAUAAAAAUAGCCUAUUGACAGCGUGGAACUGAGGUCUAAAACAACAUGACUGCAGUUUAAUCUGUGCUAACACAGUGAAAUUAGUUGUAAGUUGGAUAUUUGAUAGAUACUUAUCAGUGGCGGUGCGUCAAUAGUGGGCGCUUGGGCGCCGCCCACCCUGACUUUUUGAGUUAAAAAACGUUAUAUAUACAACAUAAUUGAAAUAAGAAAUGUACCGUGUUUAUGGGUUAAAUGUGUAUGGGAGACCACUGUCAAGAACCGCUAAAAUGUGUCCGGACAUAAUAUAUUGCCAUUCGCCUUUUCUGAGAAUAGGCAGGUCGGCUACCGUCCGUGGGCGCCGAUAACAUGGGAGUCUAUAGGAGAGCUUAUACUUUUCUCAGUCAUUUUAGCAAGGAUAGCUUUUCAUUGGGGGAUGAAACUUAGAUCUGUGGGCGCUAAUCUUUGCGCCCACAGCCAAUGGCAUUGUUUCUUAGUUCAAUGUGACUUUCUUAGAUACGCGAUUGGACUAUUUCGGCGAAUCAGCAUCGUUAUCAUUCCCUAACCACAAGCGUAAAGAGCAGCACCGUAGCUAGCUGAAACUUAGAUUGAGUGAAUAUGGCGACAUCGAUGGCUGAGAACUCCGUGCAAGCUCUACUUAAAACACCGUUUCAUCGACUAUCAGAUGUCGAAAAGAAGAAAUUGAAAGACUUGGGACCCGAGCGUCCGGAUUUAAACAUUCAACAGACGACCACUGAUCGCGGGAGAACCUACACUCGGACUUUCUCCUCAAACUUGUAUGCUAAGCGGAAUUGGUUAGCUGGUUGUACAGUGAGCAAUGCCUUUUUUUGUUUCCCUUGUCUGUUAUUUCAAAGUCCUGGGACUGAAACACUUUGGACUACAACCGGGAUGAAGGAUCUAAAGCACUUCACACAAAAAUGUAAGAAGCACGAAUGUGGCCGCAGCCACCUAACCAACUGUCUUAAGCUAAACCUCUUUGGAAGACUGAGCAUUGCCGAGCAGCUGGAUGAAGGAUACCGAAUUGGCAUUCGGAAACAUAAUGAAGAGGUGAGAAAAAACCGACACAUCCUCUCCAGAAUAAUAGACUGUGUGAAGUUCUGUGGUGCCUUUGAGUUGGCCCUUCGUGGCCAUGACGAGAGCGAAAACUCGGAGAACCCAGGGAUUUUUCGUGGCUUGGUGGACGUCGUUGCAUCACUGGACGGUGUACUGAAAGAGCAUCUGGAGAGCGCAACUGUCUUUAAGGGAACAUCCAAAACAGUCCAGAAUGAACUUCUUGACUGUAUGCUGUCUGUUGUGAGGGAAAAGAUCAUCAGUGAAGUUCAAAGCAGCGAUUUUCUAUCGAUCCAAGCAGAUGAAACCACGGACAUUAGCACACAAGCCCAACUUGUGCUUGUGCUUUGCUACAUCAACGAUAAGAAUCUGGUGGAAAGAUUCUUUGAGUUCAUCCCUCUGCAGUCGGCUACAGCAGAGACCAUUGCCGAUGCUUUAAAAGAACGCCUUGCUGCCAUCCUCCCAGGUGAGCAGAAAAGUAAACUCAUCUGCCAGGCAUAUGACGGUGCUAGUGUAAUGAGGGGUGCCACUUCAGGAGUUCAGAAGAGAAUCCGGGAUGACUACCCAACAGCCCACUAUAUCCACUGCUAUGCCCAUCAGCUCAAUCUUAUCAUGCAACAGGCUACCUCCCACGUAGUCAAAGUCAAAAACUUUUUUUCCGACCUGGGUGGAUUUUCUGCGUUUUUUUCAAGAUCCCCCAAGCGGACCAGUGUGCUUGAUGAGGUAGUGGCCCAUAGACUACCAACAGCCAGCACUGUGAGAUGGAACUUUCACAGCCGUGCCGUCAAUACUGUGUUUGAGCAAAGAGAACACCUCGUUGAAUGCUUUGAAAGAAUUCGAGCAUCAGGUGGCUUUGAUGACAAGACCAGCCAAGAAGCAGGAGGCUACAUCAGGCUACUGGAGGAUCCUCAGUUCAACUUCUUCCUGCAACUGUUUCAUAAAAUAAUGCCACACGUGGACGUCCUCUAUGCCAAGCUCCAGAAGAGAGACAUAGAUUCAGUCCAUAUAGAAAGAUGCAUCCAGCAGUUCCAAGAGGACAUACAAAAAAUCAGAGAUUCUCUCCAUGCAAUGGUGGUGGAGCAAAGCAGUGGCUCUCAGCAGCCGAGGAAGCGCCGGGCUGUGUCGGAAGAUGAGCUUAGAAGGAUUGCUGCUGAGGUAUGUGACACCAUACUUGGACACACCAAGGAACGCUUUGCCUUCAAAGACCACCUCAUCAGUGCCACCUUACUGCAGGGCAACCAGUUUGAAUGCUACCUCAAGGUAUUCCCUGAAGUUGCUUUGGCCACCACAUUGAAGGCCUAUCCAAUUCUGGAUGGAGGCAAGCUGAAGACAGAGCUUGGCCUCAUCUAUGGCACAGACGAAUUCAGACCCUGCCGUAGUGCUGUGGAUCUUUUCCAGUUGUUCAUGGAAAACAAUCUAUCUGAGGUAUUUUCAGAGACAGUUACACUGCUGAAAAUCAUGAUCACAACUCCCAUGACCAGAGGUGUUUUUCAACUCUGAAAAGGAUUAAAACCUUCCUCAGGAACACCAUGAGUCAGGAGAGACUGAAUGCCUUAGCCAUGCUCUCAAUGGAAAAAAGGCUGGUCACAGACAUGAUUGACUUUAACCAGAGAGUUAUUGAGGAAUUUGCCAGCUUGAAAGAGAGGAGGGCUAAAUUUCUUUACAAGUAGUGGGGCCUACUCUGGCACAUAAAUGUCAAAUGUGAUGAAUAUGUGUCUGAAUACUAAUCUAAACCUAGUUCCAAUGUUUGUAAUGAGCAGUGUGUUUUUGUUUAAUAAAUCUUUGUUUUUCAAUAUAUUCUACUGAAUCUCUUUUGUGGGUUAUUUUCUCAUUGCGGAGUGCUAUUUAAACCGUGCCGCCCAACUGCGCCCCCCCAAAAAAAAUGUUCACCAGCCGCCACUGACUUAGAUGACUGUUAGCUCACAUCCAAGCCCCUCGCUCUAAAAACCACAGGGUUGGACAAAGGGUCCAUCAAUAAAUUACCAUUUCAACUACACAAAAUCAGGUUUAAUUUCAUUAUCUCCAUGCUAACUUGUACAUAUUUUUGAAAAUCAUGCAAGUUAUCAUGAAGUUGGACUAAAAUAAACAAAUCUAGGUGUCCUACUAAAAAGUACAUUUAUCAGUACACUGUUGCCCAUAAAGUUGGAAUACAAUAUUUUUUACCUCUUCUCAUGAAAUGAUUAUUUGUGUGAAUAGGAAUAAAAUGAGGGAUGUGUCCAAAAACUAAAUGAUUCCAACUUGAUGGGCAACCGUUCAGUUAUAUAAAAAAAGAAGAAGCACUAAAAUCUAAUAAUAAGAGAUAAUAAGAGAUGUGCCUUAUUCAGUGUAAUAAUAAUAUUUGGUAUCGAUUUAAAGCUAUGAAUUAAAGUCAAUGGGUCAUGACAUGAAAGCUUUUGUAAAAUCUGAAAUGAUUUUCAGGCUGCUGUGUCCAGAAUGUCUGUUGAAUAUUCAACCUAAAACUAACUUCCUCAUGGUAUCCUAUUUUUAAUUAAUUCUUAACUGUUCCAUAUACUGUACUUCAAUCACUGCAUGCAUGUAAAAGCUACUCAGUUACCAAUGUAAAAGAGUGUAUGAUGAAUC